UCUGCUUUCUCCCUGCCCUCUUUCCGAGGUGCUUCUGCAGCCCAGAGACAUGUUCUGCUACGACCAGUGCCUGCCAUGCCGACCCUGUGGCCCCACCCCCCUGGCCAACAGCUGCAACGAGCCCUGUGUCAGGCAGUGCCAGAACUCCACCGUUGUCAUUGAGCCUCCUGCUGUAGUGGUGGCCCUUCCCGGCCCCAUCCUCAGCUCUUUCCCACAGAACACCGUUGUGGGCUCCUCCACCUCUGCUGCUGUUGGCAGCAUCCUCAGCUGUGAUGGAGUGCCCAUCAACUCUGGGUCGCUUGAUCUCUCCUGCAUUGCCAGCCUCUACUGUGGCAACAGAUGUCAGCCCUGCUAA